CCUGGCUACUGUGUAACUAAUCACCCACAUAAUUUAUCAGUCAAACAUAACAAAUUCUUUUUGUGCCAAAAAGUCAAAAACGUUAGAAACUGGAUUUUGGAAGUUGAUGCAUGCAAAUAGCAACUUGUCGUGCCGCGCUAUAUAAACGCUGCAUCAAGUUUUCGUAAUUAACUAAAACCAAAUUAGUAUUAAUCCGAAAACUUGAAACUGUGGCUUCCUCCUCAAAUCUCCGAUCAACGGAAACAAAAUGGCUCACAUGGUGAGAGCGAGCUCUGGCCUUUCUUACCCGGAGAGAUUCUACGCCGCCGCAUCGUACGUCGGCCUCGACGGAUCUCAAUCGUCGGUCAAACAACUCAGCUCCAAAUUCUCCAACGAUACCUCUUUGCUUCUCUACACGUUGCACCAGCAGGCUACUCUAGGACCUUGUAGUAUUCCAAAACCGAGUGCGUGGAAUCCAGUAGAGCAAAGCAAAUGGAAAAGUUGGCAGGGGCUUGGAACCAUGCCCUCCAUUGAGGCAAUGCGUCUAUUUGUGAAAAUCUUGGAGGAAGCAGAUCCUGGUUGGUAUCCAAGGACAUCUAACUCUGUUCUUGACCCUGCUGUACAUGUCCAAAUCAAUAGCACAAAGGCUGAGCCUAGUUUUGAGAGUGGAGCUUCAUUUGGUGAGACAAAGACGAUUACUUCUGAGGAUGGGCGCUUGACAGAAACGCAAGAUAAAGAUGUAGUUUUGGAAGACCCAGAUACUGUUUCUGUGUAUAAUCAGUGGACUGCACCACGAACAUCAGGUCAGCCACCAAAAGCCCGAUAUCAGCAUGGAGCAGCGGUUAUUCAAGAUAAGAUGUAUAUGUAUGGUGGAAACCACAACGGCCGUUAUCUAGGUGAUCUUCAUGUUCUGGAUUUAAAAAACUGGACUUGGUCAAGAGUUGAAACCAAGGUUGUGACUGGAUCACAGGAAACAUCAUCUCCAGCAAAACUAACUCACUGUGCUGGUCAUUCUUUGAUACCAUGGGAUAACCAGCUUUUGUCUAUCGGUGGUCAUACAAAAGAUCCUUCAGAAUCCAUGCCAGUGAUGGUCUUUGAUCUACAUUGCUGUUCAUGGUCAAUCUUAAAGACAUACGGGAAGCCACCGAUUUCGCGUGGAGGUCAGUCAGUGACCCUUGUGGGAAAAAGCUUGGUGAUAUUUGGUGGCCAGGAUGCAAAGAGAUCGCUUCUGAACGAUUUGCAUAUACUUGAUUUAGAUACCAUGACCUGGGAGGAAAUUGAUGCCGUGGGUUCUCCUCCAACUCCAAGGUCUGAUCAUGCUGCUGCAGUGCACGCUGAGCGUUACCUUCUAAUCUUUGGUGGAGGAUCACAUGCAACUUGUUUUGAUGAUCUGCACGUCCUUGAUCUGCAAACUAUGGAAUGGUCAAGACAUACACAACAAGGUGACGCACCAACUCCACGUGCUGGACACGCUGGUGUGACGAUUGGGGAAAAUUGGUAUAUUGUUGGUGGUGGAGAUAACAAAAGCGGGGCAUCUAAGACUGUUGUAUUAAAUAUGUCAACUCUUGCAUGGUCAGUUGUCACUUCAGUCCAAGAACAUGUACCUCUCGCUAGUGAGGGAUUGAGUUUAGUUGUGAGCUCAUACAAUGGAGAAGACAUAGUGGUUGCUUUUGGUGGAUACAACGGACAUUACAACAAUGAAGUGAAUGUUCUUAAACCAAGCCACAAAUCAAGCUUGAAAUCCAAGAUUAUGGGAGCUUCUGCUGUGCCAGAUAGUUUUUCCGCUGUUAAUAACGCCACGACUAGAGAUAUUGAGUCUGAGAUCAAGGUGAGCCAAGAAGGCAAAGUAAGGGAAAUUGUCAUGGAUAAUGUUAACUCCAGAUUAAAGGUGUCUUCCCGUCAGUUUAAACGCUGUGAAUAUCAAAUUAGACUAGAUAAUCACAAUGCAUCUCUUAUUUUUCUCCUUUGUAUUCUGGAUAUUAAAUCCUCAGGUUGAAGGAAAAGCCGACCGCAUUAUCACAACCCUUAAAUCCGAAAAAGAAGAAGUGGAGGCAUCACUCAACAAGGAAAAGAUACAAACUCUCCAACUAAAGGAAGAGUUAGCAGAGAUAGACACACGAAAUACAGAGUUAUACAAGGAACUUCAAUCUGUGCGGAACCAACUUGCAGCGGAACAAUCAAGGUGUUUCAAACUAGAGGUUGAAGUUGCAGAGCUAAGACAAAAGCUUCAGACAAUGGAAACACUUCAAAAGGAACUCGAACUCCUCCAACGUCAAAGAGCCGUUGCGUCUGAACAAGCCGCCACCAUGAACGCCAAACGACAAAGCUCUGGUGGCGUCUGGGGUUGGCUCGCUGGAACUCCUCCGCCUAAAACAUGAGUGCCCAUGAAACUUUUUUUCGGGUAACUCUUUUUUGUCAUUACCAAUAUCAGUAUUUACUUUUAGAAAGAAAGAAAAAGAGAGAAAUACAGUAUAGACAAUUUUUAGCGUCUCCGCAUUGUUACUAGUGAAAAUAAGGUCUAUAGUUGUUUCUACUACAGUAUGAUUGAUGAGUUGCCAUUUGAAGAUUCAGUUUCUAUAUAAGCUCUACCGAUUUGUGUG